GUUCUAGAGUGCCAGAUAGGUUAGGGGUGAAGCCCUUUUGUAUGCCGUGUUCGAUAAAGUUAUUGGAUGCGAGGAAGGAAUAUAUUGCGUUUCGAAGACAAGAUGUAAAUACUUUUAAUGGUAUAGACUCAAGUGUUAUGGGACGGAAAUUUGACGGGUCAUCAGUGUUACCUUUCUUAUGUAUUAAUAUAGUACAGGCUUUUUUCCACUCAUUCGGGACAGUUCCAGACAGCCAAACUUCAUGAAUUAGUUCACUGAGGUAAGUUCUCAGAUAAGGACAUCGCUUAAAACAUAUUAUCGAAAGCUGAUCAAGGGGGCAAGGAGAGCCAGACGAUUUCAUUUUACGUAUCACAUUAGUAAUUUGUUGAUAAGUCGGGGGGUCAAGGUUGAAUUGAACUUCGGGAUCAGAUAACUUUGGUAUCCAGCUGGGAAUGUUAAACAGUCUAUUGGGAUUAAUUUUAGCCAGAGAUUUACAAAAAUAAGUAAAGCAAUCUGUCACGUUAAAUGAUGGUAAUAUUGAGUCCUUCUUAUUGAUAACGUUUUUAAUAUAACCCCAAAAGUUCCGUCCGAUAUAAUUGUCAUGAUUGAAUGACUCAUUGCUAUCAGAGGUUAGCCCAUCCUUGUUAUUAUUACGAAGCUUAUCAUGCAAUGUGCGGGAGACGUAUUUAAUUUCGCUAAGGUCACCUUUGUUGGAUUUUAAAUUUUGCAAAGCUUUCUUUAACUCCUUUACAGUAUAUUCUUUAUAUUUAGUAACCAUGUUUUUGUCAGGUACCGUUACGUUAUGUCCAAAGUUAUCAGCAAAGUAGUUAUAUAUAACGUCGUUCAAAAGCUCGAUCUUUGAGUUCACGUCUCGCAUUCUGAUUGGAUCAUCUAACUGGAGCGCACAUUUAAAAUAAUCAUUAGCCGUUUGCCACCCAGAGUCAUUUUUCGGUAAAUUUAUGCCUUGUUUCAGUUCGGGAAAACUUUCGUCAUUAGUCAUAUCAAUGUCGUUAAUAGAAUUGUCAUUUUCGGUGGUAUCUGCAGUGUUAUCCGUCGUUAUUUGCUCUUCAAGAUCAGCAAACAGCUCGUCGUUAAGGCCAUGUAUCACUUGACAACUACGCUGAUGCAUUUUAAGGCCACGCGCACCUCUGCAUAUCUUGCCACAACAACACUUAACAACAGUGCGGCUUGGUACAGGAACAUUAGGUGACUGCAUAACAGGCACAUCUCUCGAUGUAAUAUUAGGGCGGUCUUGCUCAGCGUGAUUAAUCCGUUGUUUACAUCGCCACGAAUGGCGACCAAGCGAGACGAAGUCUUGUCCACAAAACGAACAAGCGACACAAAUCGAUAACAUAGCAAUAAUGCUUGAACGAAUCAUAAUGAAAAUCUUUUUGUGAUGAACAAUAUUAAGAAUUAUUAAGAAAUACUGUGAUUCAAAUACGAAAUCAGCGAUGAAACUAUUGACAUGUACAGAGCACGUAUAAUAAUAAUAAUAAUAAUAAUAAUAAUAAUAAUAAUAAUAAUAAUAAUAAUAAUAAUAAUAAUAAUAAUAAUAAUAAUAAUAAUAAUAAUAAUAAUAACAAGCAACAUUACGACUUCACAUCACCCCUGUAUAUAAAGGCACUAGACUGCGAGUGUUUAAAAAUUGAGUUGCAAGCGUAAUAUUUACCUAAACCAGAAUAGCGAAACAUAUUUGAUAUGCUACGUGGCUUCCGUGAAAAAGGUUUUUUUCUGUCGCUUCCUGCUGUAUUGACUAUUGUGGCUAACGUGUUUGUUAUGCAAUUUUAUCACAGUUUUGGCGCAAAGAUUCGUUCAUACAGGACAGGGAUCGUUUAUAAUAAUCACAUGAGUACCUUCUCUUUACCCAACACAACCAAGUCCUAUCAACCCAAACCUUCAAAAUCCAACUACAUCGAGCCAGGAAAACGUUCUGUGUCCACCGCUUGCCCCACCAUUGUGGUGGAUAAGGAUGGAUCGGUAAAGAUGGUUGUGGGAGGAUCGGGUGGUUUAAGGAUCACAUCUGGUGUACCCAUGGUAAGGAAUUUAGUAUUAUUUGGAUAUCUUGAUUCAUAGUUUGAUACAUCAAUGUGGUGGUCAUAUCUUCUUGUAUUUUCACAUAUUUGAUAUAUGGUUUCUAAUAAAAUACAUGAAAAAGUUCUCAAUUCUGAUUUGCUAAGAGCAGUGCAGUUUUUUUCAAAACACAGUGCCAAAAAAAUGAAAUACAGUGGAAAAAAAGGGAUUCAGUGCGAAGUUUUUAAAUUUUCUUGAUUUUUUAUUUUUCAAAUUUCUUAAUUUUCUUAAUUUUUUAUUUUUCAAAUUUCUUAAUUUUCUUAAUUUUUUAUUUUUCAAAUUUCUUAAUUUUCUUAAUUUCUAAAUGUGACUUACGCACGUGACUGCAUAUUUUUUUAUGUAUGUUAUUAAUAACUAACCGUAUGGUCUCUCGUGCAAUUUGAAAAAAUAGGUACGCUGUAGCGUACAUGGCAUCCACUGGAUCGGAGGCAAAGAAAGAUACUUAGAGCGGAAAAAUAAAUGAAAUGACCGUUUUAUUAAAAUAAAGAUGUGCUAUUUCAUAUCACCCAAAUUUAGAGGUUCCCGAAUAUUUUAAUUAUCAAAUAUUUUAAUUCCAUAGCAAAUUGGAAAGUUGGUAUAAUAUAUUAAUGUCGAUGAAAAAUGUUUAUAAUAUUUCUCUUUGCAGUAUAGUUUGCAGAUAAUACCGUUUAUUAAUAGUAUGCGCUAUCUGUUCGAAGUUUUUUUUGUGUUCCACAAUCUAAUGAACAAGAUUUCUUUCUUUCACUGUUGCGAUAAACAAGAUUUCUGUGUGUUUCGCUUCUUGGGUGAAUAAGUUAUGGCUAGGACAUGAUGGCUAGUGACGUAAUGAUGUUCGGACUUGAUCGCAGACGUGACGUGAACAAUACCCAGUGACAAUACCGCCUUACGCGGGGGGAACAGUAUCAAAUUCGUCGCUAGUUUGUCACUUUGAUACCAUCCCGUGUAAGGCGGUAUUGUCACUAGGUAUUGGGCCGGUAUUGUUUACGACCGAACAGUUCGAAGUAUUAUGAAAAUAGCCGAAAUUGAGAGAGAUUUUGGCUCCGUUCGUGAUGGUUGUCCAAUACUGUCGAACGUAUACGAAUCGUGGGGAUGGUAAAACAUUGAAGACAAUCCGUUCGGUUUGCACGGAUCGUGAAAUAGUAUAGGGAUCGUACGAUUCGUACGAACUGUGAAAUGGCUUACGAACCGUACGGUUCGUGAAUUUGAUUUACGGAUCGUGAGCCUAGAUACUUAGGCCUACCCUUGGAUGGUAACUCUCCUUAAAUGCCUAAAAUCGCAUUAAAUCGCGGGUUAAAAUUAACCAAAAUUCUCUUAAAUUGGAUUAUUUUCAGGAUCUAAAGACCCAUAGCUCCCAUACUCAACUAGCAACAAAAUCUAGUUAGCUAGAUUAACUAAUUUUAUUUAUAUAUACUAUAGAAUCAAUGGUUUAAAGGGAAGCUGGGCUAAAAGCUACAAUCAUUUACAUGACUUAUAUAGAUGCCAAAUUGCUGUGAAUAAAUUAAAUAAUUAAUGUAGAACAAUAGUUGCACUAGGAGAGCACGAGAGUCAAUCACUGUUGGCUAAUAUUGUAAAUAUUCGAUAUCAUAAAUUACAUUGACUGUCAAACGUGAGGUCGUGAGCGAGAUUUGCAAGUUUUGCAGCUCUCAUGGCCUGAACAUAAAAUAAACAGUAAACAACGAUUACCUUUUACAUAUCAUAAAAAAGCGGAGUUUUAAACCAAUAGAAUAAUAAUAACAAUAACAAUAAUAAUAAUUUAAUUUGUUUUGCGCAAGUUCCAUUCAAAUAUGCUCACAUGCGCAUAACAAUAAUAUAAAAACAAAAUCUAAAUAUUUACAUGAAAGAUAAAAGAUAGUUAAGACAAUCCAGACUAUUCAUUCAUAAUCAGUAUAGAGUAUAUAUACUAUUAGUUUCGUAAAAGAUAUAUCAUUAUUGAUAAAAUCACAUUAUUUUGUUAUUAAAUAUUAUAAUAUAAGCUUUCCUAAAUAAGUGUGUCUUUAAGAGUUUCUUGAAGCUCGCUGUAGAUCUAUACGUCUGAUAUGAACAACUGGAGUUACACUUUGUGCUCAUCCGACAAACAUUGCAAUCUCUAGGUAUAUGAAUGUGUCUAGCCCGCGAACGGGCUAGCCACAAAAACUUUCAUAACAUCACUUGUUGCUAUGGCUAGCUUUACCACAGACAGUAUUAUAAUUAUAUACAUAAACAAAAGUAAGAAUACAACAACAACAGCGACGGCGACGGCGACGGCGGCGGGGGCGGCGGCGGGGGCGGCGGCGGGGGCGGCGGCGGCGGCGGCGGCGGCGGCGACGACGGCGACGACGACGACGACGACGGCGACGACGACGACGACGACGACGACGACGACGACGACGACGACGACGACGACGACGACGACGACAACAACAACAACAACAACAACAACAACAUUUCGUUCUCGACCGGUAAUCGGGUCUUAAAUACAGCCUUGGGAUAGAUACGAUUUUGACCAAUCGGCAAACAGGAAAAUUAAACUUUGAUACUAUAUAAUAAUUGAACUUAAAUUGUUUAUUUCAGGUAAUAAUGAACAAACUCUGGUUUGGAUUAAGUCUGGAAAAAUCAAUAGACCGCCCUCGCCUGCAUCAUCAGCUCUUUCCCAAUAGAAUCUACUAUGAGAGAAAUUCACCAUACAGAGUUCCUAAGUCUGUUCGCGAUGGUCUCAAGGCACUUGGACACGAGCUGCGUUGGUCGAAUAGGUAUUGUGCAAUACAAGGCGUCUAUAGGAAUGAAUCGGGGCAUUUGUUUGGCAAAUCUGAUCCAAGAAAAACUGGAGUGGCUGUUGUAUUGUAAGCUGGAAACUUCGUGUUAUAUUCUGGUACAAAUGAAUCUUGGUUUCUGUCGCGUAAUCUGAUAUGCACGUAUUGGAUUUUAUUUUUGAUUUUCAUACUAUAAUUCAGUUUUUAAUAUUGCACAUAGUUAUAGUUUUAAUGAACCAAUAAUAAUUCUAACAAUAAAAUUUACUGACAGCCAUAUUUGUGUGGCCACCAAAAUCCAGUGUGGUGCAGUUAACAAGAAGUUCUUUCUGUUUCUGCUUAUUGCUUGGAAAGAAAAUACAUUGCCUGAUAUAAAUUGGUCAUCAGUGGCCUCUCUCCCCUUUUAUAUUUCCCUGGGAAUAGCUAAUAAGGUCACACCACUAUGGCUCAAAUGUUAAAAUGUUCUAGAACUCAAUGGAAUGGAUAUAGGAAGCUAUAUAGAUUUCGAAUUAUAAUGAAAAGCAUAUCCAUUAUAAUGUAAACCAUGCUAAUGUAAUAUUUUUUUGCUUGGGAAUGUUUUGUGGUAAUUGAGCAUCUAUGGAACUAUGCAUUGAACUGACCACAGAAAAUCUAUUCCCCAGCGUGGUAUGCUAUAGGCACCUUUUCGCACAAGGACACGGCUAAAACCGGCUUAAGCUUCGUUCUCGAGAUAUUUAACAAUUUUUAUAUGCAAAAUAUCCUCACUAUGACGUCACAUUGCAUAACGACUUCUAAAAAACCCCUGCAUGAUCUUGCUAUAUCGUUCAUCGAAAUCGUAAAACCGUGCAUAUAUGUGUUAGGGCAACAUGCUAUGCAAUUAUAUACUAUAUGUCGAAAGAUUCGAAUCAGUUAUCGAUAAGAUUUAUAAUUUAAAUUUCACAAAGCCGUUACGCAAUUUCAUACGUCAUAGUUUAGUGGUUUAUUUCUAUAAUAUAGGCUACAGAUCAACAUAAAUAUCUGACACCUCAUAUGCAGCAGUUGAAAGGUGCUAUGACUUGCGUGUUGUUUGAUUAUUACAUGUUAUUUAUAUAGUUGAUUUUUUUUUAAAUUUCCAUAAAGAUUUUCUAAAGAUUUUUUGUAGUUUUCAUAUAUGUUUCUUAUUAAUCUUUUCGCUUGUUUAAUAAUUUAUGAUCUUAUUGCUUCCUAUUAUUACUUAUAAAUGUACUUAUUAUGCAUGGUUAGACAAAAUCAUUAUUAUUAUUAAAGGUUUAUUAAAUAUAUAAAAUUGCACCAAGGUGAAAUACUUUAUAUUUACAUAACAGGAUACUUUAAGUAUACCGC